AUGGCGAGCACCCAACACAACACGCCAAUAGGCGUAGAGAAACAAGAUUCUGAAAACGAUGUAAAGCAAGACGUUGAGACCGCCAGCUCCAUUCACGAGGCGCAGUCCGAGGAGGCUCGCGGAUGGCGGGCCUGGGCCCAGAAACUCAUGUCCCUCGGCCACGUUGAGGUCCGAGGAAUCGCUCCCAUUCCAGUCGAAGAGCGAACCGUCACAAGAACUGUCAACAUUUUCACCCUUUGGUGGUGUAUGAAUGCCAAUGUCUUGCCCCGAUACCUCGUAGCCGUUCCCGUGCUUCUCAAUCUUGCAACUCUGACAGGCUUCUGUGUGAUCAUGGAUGUCAUCGGCGGCCAGUGUCUCUCAGCUGUGGGAGAGGGCAACGUGAGCCCGGCAGUAGGGAUCGUUAUCGUUGCCCUGCUUGCCCUCGUCAUCUCUUUCUGUGGCUUCACCGUCCUACACUUAUAUGAACGGUUCGCUUGGAUACCCGCCGUCAUUGCCAUCAUAAUCGCGAUAGGCUGCGGCGGCUCUCACUUGAGAGAACGGGCUCCGACUGAGCCAGCUACGCCGCAGUCCGUCGUGUCGUUCGGCAUGAUCGUGGCCUCAUACAUGAUCCCCUGGGCAUGUCUUGCAUCCGACUUCACGACGUAUCUCGAGCCAUCUACAUCAUCGUCAGUCCCACAAGGCCUCGCAGCCGACUUAGUCACUGACACAAUAACCAGAAAGAAGAUUUUCGCAUACACUUACCUUGGCCUCGCCCUCCCCACGAUUCUCCUCAUGAUACUAGGCGCCGCCAUUGCCUCCUCCGUACCCCUGGUACCUGCUUGGCAACAAGCAUAUGACGAAUGCCUCGUCGGCGGCGUUCUCUCAGCGAUGCUAACUCCGGCGUCAACUUUUGGCAAAAUCGUCACCGUAGUCCUGUCCUUCACUCUCCUCGGCAACAUCGCAGCGACGAGCUACUCUAUAACCCUCAACUUCCAGCUCCUCGCGCCCGCCCUAAAACGCGUGCCUCGGUCCGUUUUCUCCUUGCUCGUCACGGCAAUCAUAAUCCCCGUCGGAAUCCGCGCAGCGAGCGACUUCUUCGCGAGCCUCGAGAACUUCAUCGCGCUCAUCGGUUACUGGUCCGCCGCCUUCCUGAGCGUCGUCCUCGUCGAACAUUUCUGGUUCCGCAAGGCAGACUGCGAGCGAUAUGAGACGGAAGCAUGGGACGACGCGAGGAAGCUGCCGGUUGGCGCGGCGGCGUUGGGGUCCUGCGUGCUGUGCUUCGCCCUGGUCGUCCCCUGCAUGGCGCAGGUGUGGUGGACGGGGCCGAUCGCCGAGGUGACUGGCGACAUCGGCUUUGAAUUGGCCUUUGUUGUUUCUGGACUGCUCUAUGUUCCAUUUCGGACGCUGGAAAGGAGGGUUUCAGGGAGGUGA